AUGAUGGAUCCAACUGCAACACUCUAUACCUUUCAUUUGGGACACUGGUUGACUUGGGCCGUCCUCGGGGUCCCGAGGGUUCUCACUGAUCCGUCCAUCCGAUCUGUCAAACUCUUUGGUUCUUGGGAUAACUUCACAAACGAACACAACAUGGAAAGAGAUAGUAGGCGACAUUGUGGCCAGUGGAGGGCCUGCCAUUCAUUUAAAGAGAGUGGAGGCUUGAAGAUGGGCGAGACUUAUUUUUACUACUCUUGCCCUACAUAUAUUUAUAUCAACAUGAGCAUGCUAAUAUUUAUCAUGUGGCCCAAGUAUGAGGUUGACGGCACAUCAGAAACACACGAUCCAUCAUUACCAUCGACAACUGCCUGUCCUUAUUUGCCUGGCCAACCGGUCAACACCCUCACCAUUCCCGUCCAGCAGUCACCCCGAAAGCGCAGCGCCUCAGUCAACUCUGUCCGUCGUGGUGACUACAUGACACUCAACCCAGCCGACAAGUUCAUUGCGCCGAGGGCAGCUCCCCCGGUCCCCAUGGCUACCCCGUUCAGCAGAGUUGGCACGUCGGCUGCUAGUGUGCCAAAUCUGGAUCAGCGGUCGCGAUCUUCCUCAAAGCGCCCCGUCUCGCCCACGCCCGCAUGGCCCUGGUCGCCACGAAAACUGUUCAGUCGGUCCAACAGCAAGUCGUCUCUGCGCAAGGAGAACGACACCGACGAGACCGAGGCCGAGACCAUCUCAGCAUCUGUGUCUUCUGUUGUCGACGAUGAGAGGACUGUGCGGUCCCCAUCCAGAGGCAGCUCCAGGUCGCGAGACAUGUCCCCCGAGUCUCUGCGCAGGUUUCUUUCCGACGACGUUCCCGCAGAGACGACCCAGGACACCAAUUCGGAGCGCCUGGAGCUCGCCAUACCCGACGACAUUGUCGAGGAGAACGAAGACGACGACAACUUUGCCACCUCGGCCAAGUCCGAGAGCAUCCCUUACUUCACUGUACUGUCGCCGCCCCCGAGCCAGCGCAUGUUCACCUCGCAGUCGAGGCCCGAGACCCCUUCCCUUUCUCCUCCUUCGCUAUCGCCGGCCAUCUCUUCACCACACUCCACCGCAUCCAACGACAUCCCAUCGUUUUAUCAUUCGGACGAGGAAGACGAAAGCGAGGACGACGAUUUUACCUUCCGCCCGCUGCAGAGCAUCGUCGAGAUCAACACGGACGCCGACUCUUUCGGUCAGAGCCUCAUGUCUGCAUUUGCUGGCUACAGCCUUCCUGAGGAGGCACGCGCCAGCAAGGAGUCUGGGCGCGUCCACAUCAAGGACCAAACACGCGUUCUUGAAAUGUUAUGA